AUGGGGGCAAAUUUGACAUAUUUAAACGAGGCCAAUACCGAUGUGGUGACGGAGUGUGGAGAUUGGGGACCAAUUUCAUACUCUGUAUCGGGUAUGCAGGGAUGGAGACGUUCUAUGGAAGAUGAUCAUGUUGCAUAUUGGGAUAAGGAUAAACGAGUUGGUAUCUUUGGUGUAUUUGAUGGUCAUGGAGGUCGAGGUGCAGCAAGAUUUGCUGCUCAUAAACUUAUACAUGCUAUGGUCAAUUCCAAGGCAUAUCAAAAUAAUGAUUAUCCUAGAGCUUUACACGAUGCCUUUAUGGAGGUUGAUAGGGAAAUGUCCACACCAGAUGGAGCUAAGGAGGUUAUGGAUCUUCAUAAUGAGGAUGAUAAUGAUGAACAUGAACAGAAGAUACUUCUACAUCCCUCACAACUACCUCAAGUACUACAACAAAUCCUUGGUAUACAACAGGUUGGCGAGGCUGAGGGCAAUGAUGAUGAUGAUGAUGAUGAGACUGGCGACGAUGAUGACUAUCAGGGAGACGAAGAACAGGGGACCAAUUACACUACUACUGAGUAUUAUUAUAAUCCACUUAUUGUAUCAUGUGCUAGGACAAGACAGUUAUCUAAUGAGGAUACCCAUAUUAUACUCGGCUGCGAUGGGAUAUGGGAGAUACAUUCUAAUCAAGAGGCUGUUGAUUAUGUGUUGGCACAUGAGAAGGCGGCACUUGGUCUUAUUAAUAGGACUCCACAUUCCAUAGGAGUAUGGAGACGAAGUAAGGGGAAGAAGAGGAAGGGGUCUCCAGUGAAGACUGGUGAAAAGGCUCCUGAGGUCCGAUCAUUCAAAGAACCACGAAUUAAUGAUGUUACUUUACAUCCCGAUGCACAUGCAUCACAAACAGCGUUCUCUCUAGCGGCAUUAUCAGGAGCUGCAUGUCAGGCCACAGUCUGUCCAGAAUUACGUUUUGAUGAUCCCAAAUUUGAAGGGAAUGGCUGCGACAAUCUUACGUUCAUGAUUAUCAAGAUACCCGAAGAAAUACGCAAGGCCUUACCUCCACCGAACCCUGAAGAGACUAUCUCAGCUGGACUACCAACUGUAUAUGGUCAGUUGCCAACAACAAGGAAACGUGGCUUCAAUGGUAAGGAGGUGGAAGAAGAGAAAAACAACACCAACAACAAUACUAUGGAGCCCAAUGCUAAACGACACUCUUAUAAUCCCAGAUCUCCUCGUACCUCCUUAAUGUGUCGUCGUCGACGUAAUCCUAUUAUUACAAGAGUCCUUCUGAAGAAUCUAUCAUUUCACUUCGAAGACUACGACCUGGAGAAUGAUGAUCGUGAUGGCACUUACUCGAUUCAUGUCGACCCUAGGAGAUUACGAACAAGGAGUAGGAGUGAGAAUGAUAUUCAAUGUCAAAACGAAGAUGUGAGGACGCCUCUACUGGCUGAAUUCCAUCCUGAUACCGGUGAGCUCAUACACGCCACGGAUUUGUAUAAUAAUAAUGAGGAGCUAAGGAUGUCCCAUGAGCCCUUUUUUGAAGGGUAUGAUGAUGAUCAUCAUCAUCAUCAACUGUUAUCAUCAGUCCGACGACAACAGUCCUCUUGUCUCUCUGGAGUUACAACAUUGAUGGUUCGCAAUAUCCCUAGUCGUUAUCUACCUCAUGAUUUCCGACGAUUAGUCUCUUCAAUGGGCUUUGCUAAUGACAUGGACUUUUUCUAUAUGCCCAUGGAUAUUGUCAAAUCGAGGAAUCUUAGAUAUGCAUUUAUUAACUUUGUAUCAGAAACUGUAGCUGCCCGUUUUAUUGAUCUAUUCAGUGGUUAUAGAUUCGAUGACGAUAAUAAUAGUUAUUAUCGAGGUUCUGCUGGUAGUAGUAAAGUAUGUGAAAUAAGUCCAGCGAGGGUUCAAGGUUUCUACCCAAAUGUUGAUCAUUUCCAGAAUUCUACCACACGAUUCAACAUCCCCAAUAAUUUCAAGCCUAUCGUCAUUGAGAACGGUGAGGAGAUCCCCAUUCAGGGGUAUCUUAAGAAAGGGAGAUCUAAUUCUCAUAUCAACACUACUACCACUAAUGGACUACGUCAUAAUCGUCAUCAUCAUCAAGGACGACUCGAUAGGUCUAAAUCAAGUGUCUAUUAUUGAUCAAUAUUUUUAUAUCUAUCAUAUAUCUAUCAUAACGUCUUUAACGUCAGCCUUGCCAUCAAUAUUCCCCAUUUUUCGAUAUCACUCAGUCCCUCCCCUCAGGCUGCCCGCAUAAGC